GAGAGAGAGAGAGAGAGGGGGAGAUAGAUAGAGCCAUCCAGCCAUAGGAGGAGAAGAGAUUGUGAGGCAGCAGGCUGUGCGUCAGCCGGCGCUCCGUAGGGAAACAUGGAGACGAGCAGGAGAUGCUGAGGAGGACAGAGCUGCACCACAACAGGACCUCACUCAUGGAUGUUAUUUCAUCAGGCAGGCAACCUGAAGGCAAGCCACGCAGAGGAUAAACCACUUAUGGACGCAGUGGAUUAAAGACCUACAGACAGACUGAGAGAGAAGGGGGGGGCGGGAUAGAAGAAGGAGAAUUAAUCAAGCCACUUGUUUAUUUUCCUUGGGUGUGUGUGUGUGUGCGCAUUUGCUGUCAGGAAAAGUGUGCAUGUGUGUGUGCAUGCAUACAGUGUGAGUGUGUUUGUGUGUGUGUGCAGACGGCAGGAGACUGCAUUGCUGCUCUCCAGCACCACAGGACCAACACAAAGCAGAUUACCUUGUGUUUUCCCCCAUUUGUCUGCCUCUCCCUCUUCCUGUGCAUGUGUGCGACCAGGCCAAGUGUGUGUCUGAGUGUGUGUGUGCGUGACACAAUAAGAAGAGGAUGCUGGAGCCUGAAGUGAGACACACAUUCCGACUUUGAAUGAUUUUCUGCUUAGGAGCGAACCCAAAGAAGAAACAUUUUCUACAGAGGGAGAGUUUCUCUUUUUCCUCAUCGUGCUAAAAUGUCCCAGCUCCAGUCGGGCUCUCGCUGCUGAUCAGGGUGGCUCCUAUGCUGGAGGAAGCCUGGAGGUUUGAAGGGCUGCCCCCGGGGACACUUCUUGGCUCGACACCCCAGAGAGGUGGAGGCAUCGUCAGGUAGGAGGCGGCCGAGCGAGUGGGCCUGAGCCGGAGAGCAGGAGAAGAACAGGAGUAGGAGGCAGAGUUCUUGCGUUUGUGUCGGCGGAGGCUGAUUCCAGGCCGGAUGGUUUCAUCUCCUGCUCAGAGAGGAUGAUGGCAGCUCCGGGCCCACUCUCCUGUCUCACCUGCGUCUGCCACAGGGGAGAAGGGAAGUGCUAACCAAAGGAACACAGAGCCCAGCGAGACGAUGGUGUGAACGGCUUCUCACUGCCUUUUCCCACCGAGCCGGGAAACCCCUGACACUCCUGUGAGGGGCCAAGUUUGGUCUUCCACCUUGUUUCUCCUUCUUCUUCUUCCUGCCAGCUGGAAACAAAGGGUGGCGUCUCUCGAUUUGAGUGGGAGUUCGCUCCCUCUUCCUCCCAACUUCCUCCCCCUCCUCCUCUUCCUCCUCCUCACCGAACUCUGAAUUCAUGUCCAUGGAUUGAUCGUAGCACCAACCUGUCCUUCUCUUUCCUCCCUCUGUUUUCUUUUUCUUUUCUUUUUCUUUUUGUCGAGGCUUCAGGGGAAUUGCCAAGACCUGUUUCAUGCAUGUCCACUGGCGGCAGGUUCAACUUUGACGAUGGGGGGUCAUACUGCGGCGGGUGGGAGGAGGGCAAGGCGCACGGCCACGGGAUCUGCACGGGACCCAAGGGCCAGGGCGAGUACUGUGGGUCCUGGGCCCACGGCUUUGAGCUGCUGGGCGUCUACACGUGGCCCAGCGGGAACACCUACCAGGGCACCUGGGCCCAGGGCAAGAGACACGGAGUGGGUGUUGAGAAUAAAGGCCGCUGGGUGUACAAGGGCGAGUGGACGCACGGCUUCAAGGGACGCUACGGUGUCCGGGAGAGCACGGGGACGAGCGGGAAGUACGAGGGGACGUGGAACAACGGCCUGCAAGACGGAUACGGAACGGAGACGUACUCGGACGGAGGAACCUUUCAGGGUCAGUGGGUCGGCGGGAUGCGACACGGCUACGGAGUUCGUCAGAGUGUCCCGUAUGGGAUGGCGGCCGUCAUCCGCUCCCCUCUGCGAACCUCUAUAAACUCUCUCCGCUCCGGUUCGGAACACAGCAACGGCACGGCCCUGCUGGACCGGACCGGGGCGGUGGUUCCUGGGCCCCCCCCCGUCCCCGGCACGCUGACCACCAGCGUCUCCAUGUGCAGCACGGGCAGCAGCGGCAGCAGCCCCGCGGUGUCCCGGGGGGGUUUCGUGUUGAUGGCGCACAGCGAGGCCGAGCUGCUGAAGGGGAAGAGGAAAGGCGGGCUCUUCAGGAGGUCCAUCCUGUCCGGCCUCAAGCUGAGGAAGUCCGAGUCCAGGAGCUCUCUGGCCUCGCAGAGGUCGAAGCAGAGCUCGUUCAGGAGCGAGGCUGGGAUGAGCACCGUGUCCUCGGCUGCAUCGGACAUCAACUCCACCAUCAGUCUCGGAGACGCAGACGCAGAGCUGGCGGUGGCGGACGACGACGUGGACGCGACAGCGACGGAGACGUACAGCGGCGAGUGGAAGAACGACAAGCGCACGGGCUUCGGGUCGAGCCGGCGCUCCGACGGGCUGCAGUACGAGGGCGAGUGGCUCAGCAACAAGCGCCACGGCUACGGCUGCACCACGUUCCCCGACGGGACCAAAGAGGAAGGGAAGUACAAGCAGAACGUCCUGGUCAGCGGGAAGAGGAAGAACCUGAUCCCCCUGAGGGCCAGUAAGAUCCGGGAGAAGGUGGACCGCGCCGUGGAGGGAGCGCAGAAGGCCGCCGACAUCUCCCGGCAGAAGUCUGAAAUCGCCCUGUCAAGGACGGCCCACGCGCAGGGGAAAGCAGAGGCAGCGAUGGGAGCGGCUCAGAAAGCCCAGGACGAGAGUCGCAUGGCCAGGGUCACCGCCAAGCAGUUCUCCCCUUCCUUCCAGCACCCAGGAAACGGUAUGGAGGUGCAGCGUCCCAAACGUCAAGUGUCCAGUGAGGUGGAGGGCGAGGGGUUGUCGAGUAGCGCCGGCACGGCCGAUAGCCCAGAUCUUUACGUGAAGAGCGCAGCCUCUGACGACCCCUCCAAUGACGCAGCCACCCCUGACCUCAGUCCACCGUCCUCCUCGCCUCCUCACACUCCGCCUCCCCCUGCCCGGCCGACCCAGCGCACCAAGAGCGCCCGCUUCCUACGGCAGGGCGCUGUGGACCAUGCAGACAAGGCCAAGGAGGCAGCAGAGAGGAGUGAGAAGGCUGGGGCUGGAGGGAAGACAGAGAUCCAGGUGAUGAUGGAGGGAGGUAGUGCAGGAGGUGAGGGCAGCGGAGGAGGAGUAGGGAAGGGGGAGUACCCGCGGGCCAACAGCUGGACUGAGGACAAGAGGAGAGGGGUGCUGUCAAAAGGAGGAGCUGUGGUCAGUGGACGUGGAGCGAGUCGGACCAACGGACACAAACACAGCUCCUCCAAUCACAAGUCACGGGAGCACGGCUCAUCCAAUCACAGACAGGCCAGAGGGGACCGGUGGACGGAGUCGUCCUCGUCGGCCUCCUGGACGUCAGGGCACAGGGGCGUGCACAGCAGGGGGGGGCGGCUGCUGGAGCAGGACGAGGAGAAAAUUAGUAACUACGAGAUGGAGAUGAAGCCUUUACAGCCCAGGGACUCCACUACCCACAAGCCCCAUGGGCACGGGGAGGAGAGGCCCGGGCACGCUCACGGCGAGGGGCGCUCGCACACGGUGCAGCGACAGAGACACAAGAACCGUGACGGGAGGGAGGGGAGGGAAGGACGAGAGGGGAAGGAGGGAGGGAAAGACUCAUCGCACAAGCUGGACAGACCGGGGGAGAAGAUGGAUCCUCGGCCUCUGCGCCGGGACCUCACCCUCUCCCCCCCUCUGAAGUCCUCACCCAUCUCACUGGGGCAGCAGGACCAAAGCCUCAUGCUGAGCAAAGGCAACUCGGCCUACAGCUCUUUCCUGGUAGUCAUGGUGAUUCUGCUCAACAUCGGAGUGGCUAUUUUGUUUAUUCACUUUUUUAUUUAAAGACAGCGUUGCUUUCAGAGUCGGCCUAUCUAUGCUACAACAACUAUAAAUUCAUGUGAGUGUCAUGUUGAGUCUGCCGCCCCUCCGUGCUCCUGGGGAGAGGACUGCAACCCGACUGGAGCUCGACCAGAACCGAGGAGGUCCGGCUGCAAGGAAGUGGAUGAACGAGGGAUGAACCGGCCCAGAGGGAGACAAAAGAGUCCAGGAAAUGGACUUGAGUGAGCUUCAGUAGUUCACCUAUAGACUCAAGUGAGCCGAAGCGGUUUGAUUCCCCGGCCACUGAGACGUCUGCUUCCACCGUCUGCAGACAGGACUGACCAGACAGACUUUUUCAUCUUCAAAUCAUAGUUUUCAACAGAUUUGUAACUUCUACAUUUAUUUAUUAACAUUUUAUCUCAUGUACAAUAUGUUGAUGGAUAUAUUUAUUUUGUAACCCUCCACCCCUCUUUAUAUAUCUCCUGCCUUUUGGUUCCUCCACCUGCCCAGGUGCCUGCCCAGGUGUUGUUACUGAUGGUUCAACGUCUGUGUGUGUGUGUAUGUGUGAGUGUGUGUGUGUGUGUGUGUGUUGCUUGAGCUGCCAAGUGUGUGCUGCCUGGAUACAUGGUAGGUUGAUGGCUCCCUGUCCACCCACGCACAACACGUACUCGUACUUCCAGCUUUGAGAGGACAUUUGUUGGCAUCACAUAUUCCCUGGCCCCUCACUCUAACCUCACAACUGAAUGCCAAGCCUCAACCGUUACGCUGUGUUCACACCAAAUGAGAUUGUGUUGCGUUACUCGCCCAAGUUUCGCCCCAGGUUCAUUUGUGUUCACGCCCACUACUCCUGUUAGCAACAUGUAAGUAAACAACAACCAAUAUUCGCCCGUUCUCCUCCAGAAAAGAGAAGAGGAGGACAACUGACUGAACUGACAACAGUUGCUGUGAUGUACAAGCCAGCGUCAGUGUGUGUGCGUCCACAAGUCCAACAAGAGACACACACAGCUCGAGGAAUUUCACCCUCUCCUCUAGGAGUAAGUGCGCUUCACGUUUGAUGUGAAUGCACCCUGAUCUAAACCUAUUUCUCACCCAGGCCAAGAACUUUGAAUUUGUGAGGCCCGGCCAAAAUGUCCUCACUGGUCCAAAGUGUCCUCACUUUGUAGGGUCUAAUAGCAUGGUCCUCACAUAGAUAGAAGUACAAGUACACACACACACACCUUGCACCCACCCAGUCCCUCUCAGCCACUGGUCCUCGCUCUUCACCUUGUGUAAGGAGUAAGAAAGAAUGUGUGUGUCUGAUUUUGUGUGUGUGUGUGUGUGUGCGUGUGUAUACAUGUACUAAUGUGUGCAUCUCUGCAUUCUGUAUAUAUACAGCAUAACAGCUUUGUGAAUGGAUUUUUUGUACAGAUAGCGAAUGAGUUGCACCUGUAACAACCUUCAUUGUAUUUCAUUGUAUCAACCCUCAUCGGUGUGUGUGCAUGUGUGUGCGUGUGUGUGUGUGUGUGUGUGUGUGGUCUCCAAGUGGCUGAGCGGCCUUUCACGCUGUUCAUGAACUUUGCGAGAGCAUCUCAUGAAGACACAGUCACUGCUCAUCCACAUCCAGCCAACUAGCAUCAGCUGACAGCUGUGCUCUCUCGGUCUCUCCCUCCCACUCUCUCCCACUCUCUCCCACCUCCACACAUACACACACAGACACACACACACUCACACACACACAGACCGCUCAGAGAUGGAGCUUCCUCUGAGUCGGUGGUAGUUCACUGAUGACCGUCCUUGGCAGAGACCUGCGCCCACUUCACCACCAGCAGAAGCAUUUACACAAAAUUCUCCCUUCAGUGAAGAGUGAGUAACACAAACACGGCUUAAAAGAAAAAAUGUUUUUGAUAACUCACGUCUCCUACUGCUUCUCUCAAAACAUAACCUGAAGACAUCAUCUUUUAUACUAUACUUGCAUGAUGUCGGAUGAAACUCACUUGUCGCCACCUGCCUUGCUUUUGUAGUGCCAAUUGAUAAAACUGCAACAAUGCAUGCGUGUGUACUUUAAUAUCUUAUUUGUGCGUUGAAUCUGAGAAUCCAAACCCUUCAGGAGCACACGCGACACAUUACGUUUUGAUCGGAGCAGUAACAGGAGAUUCAAAACACUCUGAACUUUUGGAGAUAAUAUCAAAUGAAAUGCUGUGAGUCUGCAGGAGAUGAUGUGGGCGGCAGGAGCCAGGACGGAGGUCGGGAUCUACUGCCUCCACUCCUCAGCUUCUCCACCACCUGUCCAACACCAUCAGUGAAAAGAAAACCACCUCUAACACCUUUAACAACUGGCAGACCAACCUCUGUUGUGUGUGUGCACAUGGAUGCUCUAGGAAGUGUGUGAACAUGUGUGUGUAUCUCCCUUGGUAUCAACUUACAGGGGGCAGGGAGAGAACCACUGUUGUUUUACGUUCUGUCCGACAGCGUUUCUCAAAGUCUGGAUCGGAACUCAAACCCAGCGGCGGGUUCAGUUCUGAUGCUUCACCUCAUUAUUACGACCGAUCCGUAACGUGCCUGCAUCGUGAGAGGCCGAACAAUAACACGUUGAUUUAUCGGUUUGGGUCCCAGACAGAAACAGGUUUAAGAAGCUCUUCUGUACGACAUCAGCCUGGUGACAAAGCCCUGCGCACCCCCCCCCCCCCCCUUAGUCUGCAGCAUGCUACAGCAUGCCAAUCUCUCUCUCUAUAGUUUCACUCUCCUCUUUCUUUCUUUCUUUCUUUCUUUAUGUUUCUGGGAAUUACUCUGUUUUGUUUUUGAGAUGUGUGGAGAAAAUAAUGAAAGUGUUGGAAAGAAAACGA